AUUAAAGAGCAGAAGGUUGUAGUUGAUGAGCUUUCUAAUUUGAAGAAGAACAGGAGAGUUUACAAACAGCAACCCAACAGCAACAUAUUCUUCCUUGCAGACCGAACGGAAACGCUGUCUCAGUGCAAAAAUACAUUAGAUGAACUAAAGAAGGCACAUCAGGACAUGGAAAAUGCAGAAAAGGCUAAAAUCAAGAAAUAGGUGAUCUGCAUUCCAAGUGGCAAUGUGUGGCAUUUGUUGUGUUGUUACCUUCGGUAGCCAAUGUGCUGUUCAUGAUUUCCUUAGCCAAGACAUCCUCUGCUGUCUUAAAAGAAGAGGACCAGACAGUAGCCAACAGUUGAUAAAAUCUGUGUCUGAUCUCUCUUAUGAGUGUCUGUUUUCUGGCCAUGUACUUCACAUGAGGGGACCGGUGACUCCUCAGCCUCUAGAAGAUGCCAACAACAAUAUAUUUCUUUGGAAUGGAGAAAUUUUCAAUGGAGUGCACGUAGGAGAGCUAGAGAAUGACACUCAAGUUAUGCUUCAGCACCUUGCGUUAUGCAGCAGUGAAGUGGACAUUUUGUCACUCUUUUCAUCCCUUCAGGGUCCCUGGGCUUUUAUUUAUUACCAAGCAUCUAAACACAGUUUAUGGUUUGGUAGAGAUUAUUUUGGUCGUCGUAGUUUGCUUUGGCAGUUCAGUAAUGAGGUCAACAGCACUUUCUGCCUCACGUCUGUAGCUGGUUACUCUGCCUCAGGCAACCAGUGGCAAGAAGUCCCAGCCUCUGGAAUUUUCAAAAUUGAUCUCAAAGCUUGUGUAACGGCUAAAUCUUUGUCUUUAACAUGGUUUCCGUGGAAGUACAGCUGCACAAAGCAAGAAGUAGAUGAAAUACUCACUGAUGUGUGUGACCAAGUGUCAAAAGACUUAGCGAAACAUGUACGUCUUGUGAUGAAUGAAUCCAAGCUGUGUCUCAGGGCACCAGUUAUCCCCUUAAAUAAGACCAUUUCUGAAGCUUCGGGUGAAUGCCAAGGCACUAAUAUUAGCAACAAUAUGCAUGUGGUUUCUGUAGAAACCCUGCAAAGAUUUCUUGCAGAGGAACAAAAGAAAAAAUUAGUCCAUCAGUUUAUCGAUGUUUUAAGUGAAGCAGUCAAGAGACGAGUUCUAUCUCUCAUCAGAGCUCAAGGUCAGAAAACAAGGGAAGCUCCUAGCAUGUCUAAUAAGAAAGCACAUGUUGCAGUGCUCUUUUCUGGUGGCAUUGAUUCUAUGGUUAUUGCAGCCCUUGCUGAUAAACAUGUGCCUUUGGAGGAGCCAAUUGAUCUUCUCAAUGUAGCUUUCAUGAUGAAAGAACAAGCUAAGCAAAAGGGUACCACUAGAAGACAUACCAGCCAUGAAGUACAACCUGAUUUGCUUUGUCCUCAAGAAAGCUGUCAAGAUCUUGAUGCUAAAACUAGUGCUCACUUAUCCUGCUUUGAUGUUCCUGACAGAAUCACUGGUAGGGCAGGACUGAAGGAAUUAGAAGCCAUUAGCCCUUCAAGAAUCUGGAACUUUGUGGAAAUUAAUGUUACACUAGAGGAACUGAAAAACAUGAGACACCAACGCAUUAAUCACUUAAUUUAUCCACUGGAUACAGUCUUGGAUGACAGCAUAGGCUGUGCAAUUUGGUUUGCUUCUAGAGGGGCAGGUUUUCUUAGUAACCAGGGAGAACUGAAACCAUAUAAAAGUCCUGCAAAGGUUGUGCUCACAGGAAUUGGGGCAGACGAACAACUUGCUGGGUAUUCCCGACAUCGUGUGUGCUUCAAAAGAUAUGGCUUAGAGGGUCUGAAUAAAGAGCUUGAAAUGGAGUUAGAUCGAAUUUCUUCCAGAAAUCUUGGCAGAGAUGACAGAAUUAUUGGUGAUCAUGGCAAAGAAGCCAGGUUUCCUUUUCUUGAUGAAGAUGUAGUUUCAUUCCUCAGUUCUCUGCCCAUCUCAGACAAAGCUGAGCUGACCUUACCUCGAGGAAUCGGUGAGAAGUUGAUUCUGCGCCUUGCGGCCAAGGAGUUGGGCCUUGCAGCCUCCACUAUUGUGCCCAAAAGGGCUAUGCAGUUUGGAUCUCGGAUUGCAAAACUAGAGAGCAACAGUGAAAAAGCAUCUGACACAUGCAUCAGGCUGAAGUCCUUUUCAGUAGAUGAGUUAUAAAGCAGCAUCUUGAGAU